AACACACUCUUAUCUCACUCUCCUCCCUCCACCUCUCUAUCUCUCCAUCUAUUUUCCCUCAUACCGGGUCUGUGAGAAGGGGAAAGGUUUUAGGCCUUCUGCUCCAAGGAAAUACGUUUCUAGUUUACUGUUGAGUCAUUCAAAUCGUUCUGGAGCAUGGAUCUAAAAGAUUUGUGUUUGAAUGAAAACUUCCACUUUCUUCAUCAGCACAGUUUGUUGGAACCCUCCAGCAUGGAUGACGCUCCGUCGCCGGACGAACCGGGAAUCAAAACGGAUCCAUCAAGCCCGGCAUUCGCUCUGGACAGUACCACACCGUUCAGCCCCGGCUCGGACACCAGCGGAUACAGUCUUUUCUCCCAGGGACGCUCGCUUGACCCCGAAUCUCCCAGAUCCAGCAGCAGCGGCUGCGGUGUCGGCGCGGCACCGGACACCGCAUCACACUUCAGUUCCGAGCAGAGUUUGACGCUCUCGGCACACGUUGACUCCAUUCUCAAAUGCGACUACUUGUCGUCGCUCGGUACCGGACCUAAGCGGCUCUGCUUGGUUUGUGGAGACUUCGCAUCCGGCUACCACUAUGGUGUUGCGUCCUGCGAGGCAUGUAAAGCGUUCUUCAAAAGGACAAUUCAAGGUAACAUCGAGUACAGCUGCCCGGUGAUGAAUGAAUGUGAGAUCACCAAGCGCCGCAGGAAGUCAUGUCAGGCAUGUCGCUUCCAGAAAUGUCUACGUGCUGGAAUGAUGAAGGAAGGUGUUCGUAUGGACCGUGUCAGAGGUGGGAGACAGAAGUAUAAGAGACGAGUGGAUUCAGGCCUGACUAUCUACAUGAAAGCUCCUUAUACACACCCAAUGAAAUCUAACAGAAACAAAGUAGUCUCCCAGCUACUGCUGACAGAGCCCGCCCCCCUGUGUGCCAUGCCGGACAACUCAACCAAUGACAGUGACCUAAAGACCCUUCUGACCCUGUGUGACCUCCUGAACAGGGAACUUUUGGUCAUGAUUGGCUGGGCCAAGCACAUCCCAGGUUUUUCUAGUCUGUCAUUGGUGGACCAGAUGGCGCUGCUGCAGAGCGGUUGGAUGGAAGCUCUGGUGCUGGCUGUGGUGUGGCGGUCACUAAGCAACAACGGGAGUGGCGGAGACGGGGAAGAGAUUGUGUUUGCGGCUAACCUGCGGCUGGGUGCAGAGCAGUGUCGGAGGGCGGGGCUAGCGGACCUGUACAGCGCCCUGCGACACCUCACCACCAAGUACCAACAGAUGAACCUCACCCAGGAAGAGGCAGUCACUCUGAGGGCUAUGGCUCUGGCUAAUUCAGAUGCAGAGAGUCUGGAGAGUGCCGAGGCGGUGCAGCGUUUCCAGGACAACCUCCACGAGGCUCUGCAGGACUACGAGGCCUCCCAUUGGCCGGCGGAGAUCCACCGGGCGGGGCGUCUGCUGAUGACCCUCCCCCUGCUCCGCCAGACCGCCCAGGCGGCCGUCCAUGCCUUCUGUCGCCUCCACCUGGCGGGACGCGUGCCCAUGCACAAACUGCUGUUGGAGAUGCUGGACGCCAAGAUCUGAAGAACACCAUGUGUCUCGUACACACAGACACCGGUUGACUCAUACACACACCAACACACACACACACACCCACCUUCAUAUCCAGCGCCCCAUCCAGUUGUAUCAGAGGUGGUUCGAUGCCCAUGUUCGAUGAGCAACCUUGCUGACUGUGAACAUGGUUCAAUUAUUCUCUGGGUCACAUAUCUGUACUCUACACUCUGUCAGAAAUACUCUCAUUAGUCUCAAGGAGUUAUUGAAUGGUUGUACAUUUAGUGUUGGUGUAGAUGGUUCUAUUUCAA